CCGGGGGUGAACGCUGCUGUCCGCCGCCAUUUUGGAGCAGCCGGUGACCGAAGGCCGCAAGGAAGGAAGAAUGACUGCUCCAACAGCAGAGGAGAGGAAGAUCUGUUGGGGAGCGAGGGACAAGUACUGGCAGUGUCUGGAUCAGACUGAUGAAGAUUUUGCACAGUGUCAGAAAUUCAGAACGGUAUUUGAAGGCAGCUGCCCACAGCAGUGGAUCAAGUAUUUUGACAAACGAAGAGACUAUCUGAAAUACAAGGCAAAAGUACAAAGUGGAGGAUAUCAACCGCAGGAGAGCACCGACAAGUUAUAACCACCUGCCCGAAGAGACGGCACUCAGCCAUCUGUCAGUGACUGUUGAUUGGCUGCCACCUUGGGAUCUGAGCCUGGCAGCUGAACGCAACAAUCUGGAAACGUUUGGCGUUUAUUUCGGUCAGUGGUUGAGGGGUUGGGGUUGGCGGUGGUGACUGUGGUCCUUGGGUUUGGCAAUGGCAUCCUCUUUCAGAAUUGUUCACUGAGGAGUUUUGCUGUCUGUUAAGAUUCCCCAGUCGAAUGUGGAGAAGGGACAUUAUUCAGAGCUGCUGGUGUUUACGGCAAAGUCACCAACGUGCUUUAUAGCAAACAUAUUGAGUUUCACUUACAGAAGAAGUUGUACCCCCAGAAAAUCACUGGUGUACUGCAGUGAAUGAAACUGUUGGAGAUGUUGAAACGCUCGGGCAGUAUCUGUGAAGACAAACAGUUAAUGUUCUUGGGUUGAUGCCAUUUCAGAUUUCCAGUAUCCACAGCACUUUGCUUUUGUAGUUCUUCCUCCAGAGAGAAUGAUAUUGUGAGCAUCAUUAACUGUCGCAUUUUGCUGUAUCAUUACUACCAUUUGGUUUAGCACUGAUUACAAUGUGAUGUAAGGAGAAUUGCAGCCAAAAUCAGUACAUUAUAAUGCUGUCUGAGUUGCUCAAUUUAUUCGCUAUAAAUUCCAGUGACUGAGCCAUGACCAUCCUGAUGUCACCCUGCUUCAAAUGCACUCUUCAGAUGUGGCCAAAGUUUGCAAGGAUUGAACCCAUAAUCGUACCUAUGGCUACCCACUUUGCACAUUUGCUCACUCCCCAUUGAGUUUGAUGGGCUGAAUGGUCUUUCAGCCUUUUGACUUUCUUUUUAUUCCCAAAAUCCUAAAGCCAUUGUUGUGUCUAUAUUUUAAAAAUGAUUCUUCACACAGAUUAACUUUGUCAAAUUAGAGCAAUGCAAGGUUAAUUGUUGAGGGAGAUGUUUCUAUGUACAAGUACACUGUGGAGGUUUUGCUCCCUCUGCUGGUGAACCAGUAUCACACGAAUUGGGUUUCUCCCACAGUACCAGAACCAUUUAUAGCUAAACUAUUUAUUUAUUUUAAAUAGGUACAAUUUCUUCUUUAGCUCUGUAUUAUGUUGAAAACGAAUCUGAAAAAGCGUCACUUUUUUGAGAAGUCUCAAUUUCACAAGUUAUCACUUCAAAUGGUUGUCUUUAAAUAGUACAAAAUAAGCAGCUGGAGAAAUGCAUAUUUAUAACAUUUAACAUGUUUAAUUAACUUUCUUCACCGUGUCCCCAUAGCAACAGUGCUGGGGCAGAAGCUGGUGAUGGAGAGAGUUGUGGGACUUGAGAGGGACAAUUUAAUUUGUGUAUUAAUUCUUCUGUACUAAAGAGACACAAACUGCAUGCAAACCAACAAUGUAUGAUACUCUUAAAUGUCUCUGUUCAACUAUGAUCACUAAUGUAUAAAACAAUCCCUUUGGAAGGAUAGAAUCAGCAAUUUUUUUGCAGACUGUUCUUGCAAAACUCAAGUGUAAGAACUAUAUGAAAGCACUUUUACACCUUCCAGACAUGCGAACUGUGAUGUAAAUUGUACUUUUCCCUUUUAGAGACCAAAAAAUAUCAUUGCAUAAUUAAACUGAAAUGUGUGUGCCUGAGCUGUAAUUAAUGACUGUGCCAACAAUGGCCAUAUGUUAGCAGGUCAUGGAUUCUGUUUUCCAUGAAGCAAUUCUAAACAAACAUUGUCACAACUUCACUAGAAAUAACAGCCAGAGGAAAUCUUCCUUGUGUGUGUACCGUGUCACAAGUGCAAAGUGAUCAGAGGGAAUCGCAUAACCAUCCCUGGGCUUCAACGCCUCUGAGACUGGCUGCUGUGGUGAGCUUCCACUGCAAUACACCUGCUGUUCAGUAGAUGCAUCAUUUUCUCUACUUCACCUUUUUAAUUGGCUUACUGAUGGAAUUAUCCGCAAAACCCUCCAUAUCAUAAACAAAAGAUAUUGCAUAAUAAAGGUCCAAACAAUCAUUUCGUUAUACUACAUAAGGUUGCUGGAUGGAUUCUGUUGACUGUAUAAUAAGAAAAUGUUGUAAUCAUGAUAUAAAUAAAUGCUGUAUUAUUCUUGGUGUUGA